AUGUCUUUAAGUAAUGGAUCAUAUUCCACUUUGAAAGUAUGUUGUUUAAUGGCAUUUACUUCAGUAUUAACUAUUUUUGUUAUAAUUUUACUUGAUUAUUCAAACUUUUCAAGACCACUUUUAAUUGAAAAUUAUAAAACUAAUAAAGUUUAUGAAGUUAAUCAAUCACAAGAAUAUCAAGAUAGUGGAAAUUUAAAUAUUGUUGAAAAGAUAUCUAAACGUGUAAGAAUAUUCUGCUAUAUUUUAAGUUCAGAAAAAUAUCAUAAAACUAGAAGUAUUCACGUUAAAGCAACAUGGGCUAAAAGAUGUAAUAAGUAUAUUUUUAUGUCUUCUUUAGAUGAUCCUUCAUUACCAUCUAUAAAUUUAAAUGUUACUGAAAGUAAAGAUCAUUUAUGGGAAAAAACAAAAAGAGCAUUUAAAUACAUUUAUGAAAAUGAUUUUAAUGAUUAUGAUUGGUUUUUAAAAUCUGAUGAUGAUACAUAUGUUGUAAUGGAAAAUUUACGUUUUAUGUUAAUGAAUUACUCACCAAAUACUCCCAUUUAUUUUGGAUGUAAAUUUAAACCUUUUGUAAAACAAGGUUACAUGUCUGGUGGUGCUGGAUAUGUUUUAAGUAAAGAAGCAGUAAGAAGAUUUGUUACUGAAGGUUUACCAGAUCCUCAAAAAUGUAGAAGCGAUCAAGGUGGUUCUGAAGACAUUGAAAUGGGGAAGUGUUUACAAAAUGUUGGAGUCGUUGCCGGUGAUUCAAGAGAUUCAAAUGGUUAUCAUAGAUUUUUCCCUUUACAACCAAACUUUUAUUUAAAUCCAACUUUAAAAUAUAAUGAUUUUUGGAUUUGGAAAUAUACUUAUUAUCCAAUGAAAACUGGAAAAAAAUGUUGUAAUGACUAUACUAUAUCUUUUCAUUAUAUUGAUAGUAAUCUUAUUUAUGUUAUGGACUAUCUUAUAUAUAAUUUAAGACCUUUUGGUCAAUUUUCUGAAUUUGACAAAAAUCUUAUUCUUAGUGGUAGAAAUGAAUCAAUUGCCAAAAUUGAAAAUGAAAUUCUUGAAAAUGCUUAUAAAUUAUCAAGAAAAGUUUCAAGAGUACAAGAAAUAUAA